AUGAGUGAAUUAGUUGAAAAUCAGCUUUCGACGCUACGCUUCGUAGCGAAAGCAUUGGACAAUUUCAAGAAAAUUGGCCGGAAUAAUCUCACCUCCGCCAAGAUACGAAACCGAAUGACAUCACUCAAGGAAACGUGGAAUAAUUGCCUGGAAGGACAUCGCCUGUUGCUGCAACAUUAUCCGGAAUCAAAACGCGAUCUCAUCGCUUAUUUCCGAGACGAGCAACUGGAUCAAUACCAGGAAAUCUACUUGACAGCACUGGACUACAUGUCUGACUGUUUGGAGGAACUGGAACCGUGCGUGAGUCCGCUCCAAUCAAGCGACCGAUCUGUAUCUCAUAUACAGUCGGAAUCCGCGUUAUCAUUGAGACAUUUACCGCCCAUUCAAUUACCACCGUUCUCCGGUAAAGCCGACGAGUGGGAAACUUUUCGCGAUCGAUUCACUGCGUUAAUCAUAAAGAAUCCCGAAUUAUCCGAUUUCGCGCGCAUGCAUUUUUUGGUCUCAAGCUUGACCGAUAAAGCUCGCGAUGUUGUAGCGGGUACUUCUGUUACCGCUGAUAAUUUUGACGUCGCUUGGAAAGCAUUAACUUCUCGUUUUGAAAAUAAACGUAAACUUGUUGAACUUCACAUUGCUGAAUUAUACAAUUUACCUUCGGCUAACAAAGAAUGUGCCGCGGAAUUGCACGCUUUACGAGAUAAAGCCGAUCGAGCGCUUUCAGCCUUAAAGCGGUUAAACCGAACACAAGAGGAUAUACUUAAUGACAUUUUAGUCUAUUUUGUAUCGCUCAAGCUUGACUCCGCCACUCGUCGCGCAUGGAAACUCAAAACCGGAUCGGAAUCGACUCCGCCGAAUUACGAAGACUUGAUUACGUUUAUAUCAUCGCGUGCGCUCGCAUUAGAGGAAUUAGCUCCUUCCGCUGCGAACAAAGGUCGACAUACUGUUCAAGCGAACACUGCGACCUUCGCGCGUCAAUCUUCCGGUCCGUGUCCAGUCUGUAAGACACCGCAUUAUCUUAGUAGGUGUCAACAAUUUGUAAUUAAGAGUCCGAAUCAGAGACGCGAAAUUGUCAAGAAUUCAAAUCUAUGCUUCAAUUGUCUCGGAACGAAACAUUCCGUAAAAAACUGCCAAAGUAAAAAUACAUGUCGCAUUUGUCAAAAAAGGCAUCAUUCUCUCUUGCAUCUUGAUUCGGCCUCUUCAAGCGAUCUAGACGUUACACGAGCGAACACGUCUAGCACCAGCGCAACUAUUGAUAAUCUCGAGCCAUCGCAAACCGUCGCGAUGUCCGCCGUAUGUUCAAGUACGCCCGUGUCAUCCGUAUUACUGGCCACAGCGAAAGUAACAGUUCGGUCUCCCGACGGUCGCGUCUGUGAAGCUCGCGCCCUGAUCGAUCAAGGGUCAGAGGUCACUUUUAUUUCAGCAAGAUUAGCAAGAAUCUUGCGGUUAACUCGGAAACGAAUUUUCGCUCAAAUUUCCGCAGUCGGCGGUAUCAAUGCGGAUACAUGUCGACAUUCCGCUGUCAUUGAACUCGCACCUCGCGGAAAGCCUAAGCCAGUUUUCACUACGGUCGCGUAUAUUCUAAAUGCGCUUACUAAAUACGCGCCGCGAUUAUCAGUCUCAGUAUCGGAUUGGAGACAUAUAAGUACACUCAAGUUAGCAGACGACGAUCCCACAGGAUCAAGCCCUAUUGACGUAAUCAUCGGCGCCGACAUUUACAGUCAAAUCAUUACGAAUGGAAUACGGAAAGGUCCAAUCGGGCAACCUAUCGCCCAGCGAUCUCAUUUUGGAUGGAUUAUCUCUGGACCCGCUCAGAAUCCAAACGUUUUGGCUCAAACGAUUAACGUCUUUCAUUGCUCAAUCGAGCGUGAGUUACGCCGUUUUUGGGAAAUCGAAGAGAUCCUACGCUAUAACAUUUUGUCUCCUGCCGAAGAACAAUGUGAGAAACAUUUUCUUACGACUCACUCACGAAUUUCCGACGGGCGUUACGUGGUUCGUCUGCCGUUUAAGACGAAGUCCCCUAUCGACAUCGGAGAGUCUCGAUCAAUAGCUAUACGGAGACUAACAGCAUUAAAAAGGCGUCUAGAUACGAAUCCAGAUCUCAAAUCGGAAUAUUCAGCGUUUCUUGAAGAAUACGAGCAGUUAAAACACAUGAAAAGAGUGCAUCCUCCAGCCGCAUCUCAUUCACCGACGGUUUAUCUUCCGCAUCAUCCUGUGAUCCGCGCAACGAGCGCUACCACUAGACUACGCGUCGUGUUCAACGCGUCCAGCCUCACAACAAACGGUACAUCGUUAAAUUCACAUUUAGAGAUCGGGCCUAAAUUACAAACGGAAAUAACGGCGAUCUUAUUACGAUGGCGGAAACAUAAGUAUGUUUACAUGGCGGAUAUUGCCAAGAUGUACCGACAGAUUUUGGUCGACCCUCGUGAUCGUGACUAUCAACGUAUUGUCUGGUAUAAUCAGGAUCAAUCGGACAUUCAGGAUUAUCAAUUAUCCACUGUUACGUAUGGAACCGCGUCAGCUCCGUUCCUGGCUUUACGAGUGAUCAAGCAAUUGAUAACAGACGAAGGAGCCGCAUUUCCCCUUGCAACUCCGAUUCUUCAAGAUGACAAUACUGCUUUAUGCGAGUUACACGGAUUUGCAGAUGCAUCUAACGCGGCAUACGUCGCCGCAGUUUAUAUGCACACGACCUCGCAAUCAGGAGAAAUAAAGAUCACGUUAUUAGCGGGCAAGUCGAAAGUCGCGCCACUCAAGAUCACGAGCAUCCCUCGAUUGGAAUUACAAGCAGCAUGCCUUCUUGCUCGAUUGAUCGAGUUCACGCAAUCAUCACUCCAGAUAUCAAACGUCGCGUGUCAUUGUUGGACGGACUCUACAGUAGCAUUGGCAUGGUUAAACUCACAUCCGUCCAGAUGGAAAACUUUCGUCUCUCAUCGAGUCGCAGAUAUCCAAUCUCGAGUACCUGAAGUUAAAUGGCGGUACAUUCCAUCCGCGGAUAACCCAGCCGAUUGUGCUUCGAGAGGUAUUCUACAUUCCGAUUUCAACGCCUUUAACUUGUGGUGGCACGGUCCUCCCUGGCUCAAACUAACUCAGACCAAAUGGCCAAGAGAUCCCGCUCCUCCGCUGGAAGAAGCGCCUGAGAAAAAUCGGAAACUUAUAGUACACGUAGCUCAAACAAAUUCUGGCUGGGAUUUAGCCACAAGAUACUCCACGUGGCCGAAGCUAAUCCGAAUUACAGCAUAUACUAUCCGUUUCGCAACCAGAUUCCGAAAGAGAGAUCAAACUUCAACUGACUCAGAGGUGCAAAGCCAAUCUUUGACGGCAAGUGAAUUUCAGACCGCACACAAAUUUUGGACCGCACACAAAUUUUGGAUUAGAUCAAUCCAGUCAGACGUCUUCAGUGACGAAUUGAACGCUCUCAAGAAACAACAAGCACUUCCAUCAAAAUCGGCGUUAGCGAUGCGUACUACCCAACGAUAUCGAGUCUUCGGCUAA